CGGUGCGAAUGCAUUACUUUUUCGGUAGCAAAAACUUAUAGAAAAUUGUCAAUUCGCUGGUAGUUGUAUAUCCAUGUGAAGCAGAGAUAAGCUCCAAACUCUUCCCGUCGCCCACGCCACGUCGCACACUCGCGCACCGCCAGAAAUAUCAAAAGCAGGCCCAAGAGACCGAACGAAUUACGGAAAAUGAGCUCCUCGAAUGCGGGACAGCGCACCAAGCUGAUACAGGAGAAAUGCCAAACCCUCCUCACGCAGAUGCUCCGCGACGAGGAUAACAAAUACUGCGUGGACUGCGAUGCCAAGGGUCCCCGCUGGGCCUCCUGGAACCUGGGCAUGUUCCUCUGCAUCCGCUGCGCCGGCAUCCAUCGCAAUCUCGGCGUGCACAUAUCGCGCGUCAAGUCCGUGAACCUGGACACCUGGACGCCCGAGCAGGUCAUCUCCCUGCAGCAGAUGGGUAAUUCGCGGGCACGCGCCGUCUACGAGGCGCAGCUGCCGGACGGUUUCCGUCGCCCGCAGACGGACACAGCGCUGGAAAACUUCAUCCGGGCCAAGUACGAGCACAAGAAGUACCUGGCCCGCGAGUGGGUUCCGCCCUCGCCGCCCAAAGUGGACUGGGCCAAGGAGAUCGACGAAGAGCUGGAGCGCCAGAAGCGGAAGAAGAAGUCCAGCCAAGCCCAGGCCACCUUGGGCCUCGGUGGAGUGGCCAGUGGCGGUGGAGACAAGCGUCUGUCCGGAGCCACUGGUUCGGCCCUGAAAAACGCCCCCCUGCCCGCACCGCUGCCCAAGCCCAAGCCCAAUCAGGUCGGCGGCUGCAGCCCUAAGACGACGCAGCGCGUCCAGCUAAACAGCAGCGGCGCCAGCAGUGCCGGCGAAAGCGACCUCUUGGGCCUGUCCUCGCCCACCAAGCCCAUUGCCGCCACCAGUGCCAGCCAAGACCUGCAUAACGAAAGUUUCACCAGCUUUCUCAGCGCCGAAUCGAUUGCCGGACAGUCGGACAAGCCGAACGGCAGCAACGGUGACGUCGCCAACUUGAUAGGCUCGAAGCCCAAUUCGCUGGCACAGGAGGAGCAGGACUUCUUCAACCAGGGCUCCCUGGGCGCCUCCGGCAGCGAGAAGGACCAAUCCGGCAAGAUGUCUAAGGACAGCAUUCUGGCUCUGUAUGGCAACGCGCCGGCUGCCCACAAUCCUCAGAUGAACUUUGGCGGUUUCACGGGCAUGGCCCCAGGCGGCUACAUGCAUCAGCAGCAGCAACAGCAGAUCCCCCACCAGUUCAUGACGCCUCCGAACUCGGUGAGCAUGUACAAUUCGCCAGUGAUGGCUGCGCCGAAUGCGUUCAGCAACGCACCAAUUAGCAGUGCCACCGCCAUGAGCAUGGGUGGCUCCCAUGCCUUCGCUGGGGGCCAAUUUCCCAGCACCGGCGGCAGUCCUUAUGCUGCCGGAGGUCAGGGAGUUACGACGAAUCUUAUGCAGACGAACCAGAGCAUUCUCAGUGGGAUGCCGCUGUUUGGAGCGGUGCAACAACAGCAGCAUCAGCAACAGCAACAACAUCACCCACAGCUUGGCGGCCUAUCCAUGAACCUAAUGCAGCCCCUGCCCAGUGGACUGAACAUGGGCCAGCCACAGGGAUCGGUCGGAUUUAACACCGCCGGCCCCACCACCUCCUCAGUCCCAUCAAAUCUGAACCAACAAUUUGGAAACCUUAAUAUCGGUAAUGUCUGGCAAUAAAUACAACGUGUAUUUAUGUAGUUGUAUUCCUUUAAUUAAUUUUAAGACACGAGUGUUCGUCUCAGUGUUGCAACAUGUAUGUGAGGCGAUGAUGCUUAUUUAUAUGCAUUCGAUUUGUACAACAACUUGCCAAUUUAGUUAGUUGUCCUGAGAGGAUUCGGAGCAAACUAUACGUAUUUAUAGAAGAAUUCACUGUCAAGCAAGCCACUGUAUUAAACGAUGUUCAUGUCCACCAAGAUUCGCGUCUGCUCGUUCAAAUCUAUUCCAAUUAAACCAUAAAACAUACUACACGUGUAACACCCAACUAAUUAAAAUUGAACUACGAAACUUAAUGCACUCCCCAAUCAAAUGUACAUGUUAUUUUGAACAUUAGCUAGGUAUUUGAUACGCAUGCAUAAACAAAUCGUCCACGCCAGGGUGUGAAUGUAAAGUAUAGAGAUCUGGCAAUGUACUUUUUAAAUGCUUGAUAUCCCUAAGAACAUAUUCACGCCAGUUUGUCAAUGUGAGUCUUAAAUAUCACGGCUGGGUAGUCGACGGAUUUAUUGUAUUCGAUUUUUAAGUUGCUAUGUCUAAGGAAUAAAUCAAACCACUUCGAACUGUGUAAUAAUAAAAUA